UUCUUAGUUGAAAACUCCCUCUGGCUCUGACUCUACGCUUCAUACUCUAACACACUGACCCAUCAACAUCAUCGACAAGACGAGCUGUCAAUGUGUCUCACUCGGAUAUGUCGCUCAUAAUCCACCUCACGACAACUCUGGCCUUGUGGUGCCUGGUCGGGGCACAGCUGCCAGAGUUUGCAGAUGUUUGCACCGAGGGUAGCUGUUACCCCGCCACAGGUGACCUGCUGAUCGGCCGGGCGCACAAACUCACCGUCUCCUCCACCUGCGGCCUGAAGAAGCCGGAGCGCUUCUGCAUCGUUGGACAUCUGGAGGAGGAGAAGAAAUGUUUCGUGUGCGACUCCAGGCAGAUGUACAACGAGGACACCAGCCACACCACCAGCCACACCAUCGAGAACUUGGUCACCACCUUCGCCCACAACCGCCUCAAGACCUGGUGGCAGUCGGAGAACGGUGUCGAGAACGUGACGAUCCAGCUGGACCUGGAGGCCGAGUUUCAUUUCACACACCUUAUCAUGACCUUCAAGACGUUUCGGCCGGCUGCCAUGGUGAUCGAGCGAUCGAUGGACUUUGGGAAGACGUGGCAGGUUUAUCGUUACUUCGCCUACAACUGCCCGUCGUCCUUCCCCGGCGUGUCCGAGGGGCCGCUGGCCAAAGUGGACGACAUCAUCUGCGACACUCAUUACUCGGACAUCGAACCGUCCUCGGAGGGAGAGGUAAUAUUUAGGGUGCUGGACCCCGCCUUCAAGAUCGAUGACCCCUACAGCCUGAGGAUACAGAACAUGCUGAAGAUCACCAACCUCCGGGUGAAGUUCCUCAAGCUCCACACGCUGGGCGACAACCUGCUCGACUCCCGCGACGAGGUGACGGAGAAGUACUACUACUCCCUCUACGACAUGGUCGUCCGCGGCAACUGCUUCUGCUACGGCCACGCGUCCGAGUGCGCCCCGAUCGACGGAGCGCAGACCGGAACCGAGGGCAUGGUCCACGGCCGCUGUGUAUGCAAUCACAACACCGAGGGACUGAACUGCGAGCACUGUCAGGACUUCUACCACGAUUUGCCUUGGAGGCCAGCGGAGGGACGAAACACCCACGCCUGCAAGAGGUGCGAGUGUAACCACCACUCCACGUCGUGUCACUUCGACCUGGCCGUGUACAUGACGACCAGCAACAUGAGCGGCGGCGUGUGCGACGACUGUCAACACAACACGGUGGGACGACAGUGCGAGCAGUGCGCACCGUUCUACUACCAGCACCCGAACCGAGACCUGAGGGACCCCCACAUCUGUGAACCGUGUAACUGUGACCCGACCGGGUCGCUGCAGGGCGGACUGUGCGACGCGCGGACCGACGUGGCAGUCGGGAUGAUCUCAGGCCAGUGUCGGUGCAAAGCCAACGUGGAGGGCGAGCGAUGUGACAGCUGCAGACAGGGACACUUUGGACUGGGACAGGGACCUCACGGCUGCCUACCUUGUACCUGUAACCCGCUGGGCACGCUGCCCGGAGGAAACUCUUGCGAUUCGCACACGGGAAGCUGCUUCUGCAAGCGCCUCGUCGACGGACAUAACUGCGAUCAGUGUCUGCCACAACACUGGGGUUUGUCCAACGACAUGGACGGCUGCAGGCCGUGUGACUGCGACCAGGGCGGGGCUGUCAACAAUAACUGUGACUCUGUCUCAGGACAGUGUGAGUGCAGGGAGCACAUGUUCGGACGGCGCUGCGAUCAGGUCGAGUCCGGUUUCUACUUCAUCGCUCUGGAUCACUACACCUACGAGGCAGAGGACGCCAAGUAUGGACCUGGUGUGACGCUGGUACCGAGGCCUUAUCCUCUGGAUCGCAGUCCAACGUGGACCGGUAUGGGGUUUGUUAACGUGCCUGAAGGAGCCUUCCUAGAGUUCGCCAUCAAUAACAUCCCAGAGUCCAUGGACUAUGAUAUCCUUAUUCGAUAUGAGCCCCAGCUGCCCGAGCAGUGGGAGCAGGUGAACGUCCGAGUUCAGCGUCCCGUCUAUCACCCUCCGAACUACGCCGCUCACUGCAGCAACUCCAUCCAGAGCGGAGACGAGCAGUCCAUCUCUCUUCCACCUGGAUCCAGACACGUGCUGCUGCUGAGGCCGAUAUGUUUCGAACAAGGACUGAACUACACCGUCCACCUCAACCUGCCUCUCUACUCGUCGGGCAGCGACGUCCCGAGCCCGUACACACUCAUCGACUCCUUGGUGCUCAUACCGCGGGUCAGUGAGCUGGACAUGUUCCAUGGGAUCGACGGCGAGGGAGCGUGGGAUACGUUCCAGCGCUACCGUUGUCUGGAGAGCAGCCAGAGCGUCGUGAAAAGCCCCAUGACCGACAUCUGCAACGACUACAUCUUCAGCGUGUCUGCUCUGCUGCACAAAGGAGCCAUGGCAUGCCAGUGUGACCCUCAGGGUUCACUCAGCGCCGUGUGCGAGCCCAGCGGAGGUCAGUGUCGGUGUCGACCCAGCGUUGUCGGCAGAAACUGCGACCACUGUGCCCCGGCUACGUUCCUGUUCAGCCCGAGCGGCUGCAGACCUUGCGAGUGCGACCCGCUGGGCUCGGUCAGCGCCUUCUGCCACGAGGCGACAGGCCAGUGCGAGUGUGUCCAGGGGGCGUCGGGGCGCCAGUGUUCCCACUGCCUGCCGGGUUUCUGGGGCUUCCCUCAGUGCAGACCGUGUCAUUGUAACGGCCACAGCGACUACUGCCACCCUCAGACCGGAGAGUGUCAGGGCUGCAGGGACUUCACCACCGGACACCACUGUGAGAGGUGUCUAAGUGGUUACCAUGGCGACGCAGAGUUGGGUUCAGGUGGUCACUGUCGCCCCUGCAUGUGCCCCGAUGGACCGCGAAGUGGACGCCAGUUUUCUGACAGCUGUUACCUGCUGGCUCAUACGAACCAGCUGGUGUGUGUGUGCAGCCCCGGCUACAAAGGUGCCAGGUGUGACCAGUGUGCUCCCGGGUACUUCGGGAACCCUCUGGUGCCCGGCGGGCGCUGCAUGCCGUGCCAGUGCAACAACAACAUCGACAUGCACGACCCGGGGUCAUGUGACGCUCGGACAGGCUCCUGCCUCAAGUGCCUGUACCACACCGAGGGCUACGGCUGUCAGCACUGCAAGCUGGGUUACUACGGCAACGCUGCCACUCAGAACUGCAGGAAGUGCAUGUGUUACUCGAUGGGCACGGUACCUCAGGCCUGUUCGUCGCCUAACGAGUGUCAGUGUAACCAGCACAGCGGUCAGUGUCCCUGCCAGCCCAGCGUGGUCGGUCAGAGCUGCGACCGCUGCGCUCCUGAUACGUGGAACAUCGCCAGCGGGACGGGCUGCGAGCGCUGCGACUGCGACCCCGUCCACUCCUUCGGAUCGUCCUGCAACGAAGUCACCGGACAGUGCUCGUGUAAACCUGGCUUUGGUGGCCGGACGUGUCGGGAGUGCAGAGAGCUCUUCUGGGGGAAUCCAGAAGUCAAAUGUCACGCUUGUGACUGCGACCCUCGGGGAAUCUCCAGCGAGCAGUGCCAUCGUGCGACAGGUCAGUGUACCUGCGUGGAGGGUGUAUCCGGCCCAAGGUGUGACCAAUGCGCCAGGGGCUACCAGGGCGAGUUCCCCAACUGUGAACGUUGCCACCAGUGCUUUGCUGUCUGGGACACCGUGGUCGGCGAGCUGACCAAUCAAACUCGACGUCUCGAGGCUCAGGUAACAGAGCUCCAGAGCACCGGGGUGACGGCGCCGUAUAAAGAAUUAGUCGGCAGCCUGGAGAGAAACACCAAGGCCGUCAGGGACAUAUUAGAGAGCAACCCUGCAGCGGUGAAGCUGGAGCAGAUCGAGGAGCUGAUGCAUCAGAUCACCGGCGUGAUGUCCUACCUAAACGGAAAGCUGAAUACGACCGAGGAGACCUUGAACCUUCUCUACAGUGACGCCAACGCCACUGAUGCAAACAUGGACGCACUGACCGAUGAGGCCAACCAGCUGGAGCGGAGUGUCAAGGAGCUGAUACAGCAGGUGUACAACGCCAAGAACGCCAACAUCCAGGGUGCAAUGGACACCAUUACAGCUGCACACAUGCAGUCCACGAUGGCAGAGCUCCAGGCCAACGCCUCCACCAGUGAUCCUGGGAACACGGUGGAGCAGUCAGCCGCAGUACGGAAAGCCACGGAGGACAAACUGAGCGGCGGUCAGAAGGAGUUUGACCGCAAGCACCAAAGAAACUCGCAGAAGCUGGAUAAACUGUCCACUGAGCUGGAUCAGUUUAACCUGUCACUACUUAGCGAGAAGACGUGUGGUGGUGCAGCUGAAGGUGACAGCUGCUCUGGUUCAACCUGCGGUGGUUUGGGUUGCGUCGGCCAAGACGGAGAACCUCAUUGCGGCGGAGAAGGCUGUGGAGGCCUCGUCACGACUUCCCAAACUGGUCUCAAAUCAGCCAAAGACCUGGACCAGGCGAUCCUGGAAGCAAUGGAGGAGGUGGACAAGCUGUCCAGGAUGGUGUGGGAGGCCAACACCCGCGCAAACGAGGCUAAGGUGAACGCCAUGGAGGUGCUGAUUAAAUCCAACAAGAGCAAAGAGAGAGUGGAGCAGAGCAACGAGCAGCUCCGCAACCUCAUCAAAGAGAUACGAGACCUGCUCAGCAACGAGAAGGCAGACGUUUCUGUGAUCGAGGCGGUGGCCAACGAGGUGUUGUCUCUUGAGAUGCCGACGUCGACAGACAAGCUGCACGAGCUGACGAAGGAGAUCAAGGAGAAGGUCGGCACUCUGACCAGCGUGGAGACGAUCCUCAGCCAGAGCGCUGACGACAUCCAAGCUGCCGAGUCGCUGCUCAAACAGGCCAAGGCCGCCAGUGAACAGGCGUCCAACAUGAAGGAGACUGCAGAUGUGGUGAAGGCAGCCCUGGAUGAGACUGAGCGUGCUCAGACUAUCGCCAUGGACGCCAUCCAACUGGCCCAGAACAACACUAAGGGCACCCUGGACCUGCUGAUCUCUGUGGAGUCGGAGACGGCCAUGUCGGAGCUGAAGCUCAGUAACACCACGGGUCGCCUGGUGCAGCUGGAGAGGGAAGUCGGGCUGCUGAGACAGAACAACCUGGAGGUGAACCACCUGGCAGAGGCUGCCGACCUGAGCACCGAGCGGGCCAAAGUGAACGCAGAGGAGGCCGAGCAGGAGUUUAACGUGGAGGUGAAAGAUAAAUUUGCGGAGGUGGAGGACCUGGUGGAGUUUAAAGGGGAGUCGGUGCUGCAGGCGAGGAGGCGAGCGGACGAGAUGCAGCAGGAGGCCAAAGAGCUGCUCGCCCAGAGCAGCAGCAAGCUGCAGAGGCUCGGAGAGUUGGAGAGCUCGUACGAGGCAAACCAGCAAAUCCUGGAGGCCAAAGCUGCAGAGCUCGCUGAGCUGGAGGAGAAAGUACGUCGGAUCCUGGAAGAGAUCAGCCACAAAGUGACGCUGUACAGCACCUGUCUGUGAGGAUCACCUGUCUGUGAGGAUCACCUGCAGCGCAUCAACAAAAAAAAAACUUUACUGACCGGGAAAUUUUUUAAAAAGCAUCACAAAAUACUUCUCCCACAUGAUUCCCUGUGUAUUUUAUAGCUAUCAGGACCAAACACUGUAACAUGUUUGACACUGUCGAACGAAAAACCAGUUUUAAAGCUGCCAAAGACGUUAAAGUAUUGAAGAGUCUCAAAGGAAACCACUAAAAACCAAAUGUGACCUCAGUGCUCAAAAAACAAGAACGUGUAGAGAAAAUACAAGAAUUUAUCUGUAUGAGAUCAUACAAUGUGUAUUUAAAGACAUGACUGAACAUUUUUGAUACAAAUAUUAAAGUUUUAUAUUUACUUCGCCCAAAGAUAUGAAACAUUAUCCGGACCAAAGAUUUGGUGUGAAUUGUUGUAAUAAUAAAAAAUUAAAUUUGGAUUUGAAAGUUA